AUGACUGAUCGUAAAACCAACUUGCCAGAAGAACCGAUUUUCGAAGAGGCAGAAGAUGAUGGCUGCCCUUCGAUAGAAAAUUCUUCACAUCUGUCAGUACCUACAGUGGAGGAAAACAAGGACUUUUCCGAGUAUAAUGGGGAAGAGGCAGAGGAAGUUGUUGUUCCAGAAAAGCCUGCUUCAGCCUAUGCUACUGUUUCUAUCAUGUGUUUAUGUAUGGCUUUCGGUGGAUUUAUGUCCGGUUGGGACACAGGUACGAUUUCUGGUUUCGUCAAUCAGACUGAUUUUUUAAGAAGAUUUGGUAAUUAUAGCCAUUCCAAGAACACUUACUACUUAUCUAAUGUGAGAACUGGGUUGAUUGUGUCCAUCUUCAAUGUGGGAAGCGCCAUUGGCUGUCUUUUCUUGUCUAAAUUGGGUGAUAUUUACGGCCGCUGCAUGGGUUUGAUUAUAGUUAUUGUCGUUUAUAUGGUUGGUAUUGUCAUUCAAAUUGCCUCUAUAGAUAAGUGGUAUCAGUAUUUUAUUGGAAGAAUUAUCGCUGGUAUAGGUGCUGGUUCCAUUAGUGUUCUUGCCCCGAUGCUUAUUUCGGAAACUGCGCCAAAGCAUAUCAGAGGUACGUUGCUAGCUUGUUGGCAAUUGAUGGUGACUUUCGCAAUUUUCUUGGGUUAUUGUACCAAUUAUGGUACCAAGACUUACUCGAAUUCUGUCCAGUGGCGUGUUCCGCUUGGUCUAUGUUUUGCAUGGGCUAUUAUUAUGAUUGGUGGUAUGACGUUUGUUCCGGAAUCUCCUCGGUUUUUGGUGCAAGUCGGUAAGAUUGAGCAAGCUAAAGCUUCUUUUGCCAAGUCGAACAAGCUUAGUGUUGACGAUCCUGCUGUGGUUGCAGAGAUUGAUCUUCUUGUUGCUGGUGUGGAGGCAGAAGAAGCAAUGGGAACUGCUUCAUGGAAGGAAUUAUUUUCGAGAAAGACUAAAGUUUUUCAACGUUUAACGAUGACAGUCAUGAUUAACUCUCUGCAGCAACUAACCGGUGACAACUAUUUCUUCUACUACGGUACUACUAUCUUCAAAUCUGUCGGUAUGAAUGACUCUUUUGAGACUUCAAUUGUCUUGGGUAUUGUGAAUUUUGCUUCUUGCUUCUUUUCACUUUAUUCUGUUGAUAAGUUGGGCCGUCGUAGAUGUCUUUUACUUGGAGCAGCCACCAUGACGGCGUGCAUGGUUAUUUACGCCUCCGUUGGCGUCACAAGACUAUAUCCGAACGGUAAAAGUGAACCAUCAUCUAAAGGUGCUGGUAAUUGUACGAUUGUUUUCACGUGUUUUUACAUUUUCUGCUUUUCCUGCACCUGGGGACCUGUAUGUUAUGUGAUUAUUUCUGAAACAUUUCCAUUAAGGGUGAGAUCCAAGUGUAUGUCCGUUGCAACAGCGGCCAACUUAUUGUGGGGGUUCCUAAUCGGGUUUUUCACUCCUUUUAUUACUUCGGCAAUUAAUUUCUACUACGGUUACGUUUUCAUGGGUUGCUUAGCGUUUUCAUAUUUUUACGUCUUUUUCUUUGUUCCAGAAACAAAAGGUCUAACUUUAGAAGAAGUUGAUGAGAUGUGGAUGGACGGUGUAUUACCUUGGAAAUCUGAAUCCUGGGUACCAGCUUCUAGAAGGGAUGGUGAUUAUGAUAACGAAAAAUUACAGCAUGACGAGAAACCCUUCUACAAAAGAAUGUUUUAG